GAACUCAAGCAAAUCAAGCUAAGGGUACAUACUCAAUUCUCGAAUUCUCGUUCUUAAUUAGAUUCUUACGAUCCGCUUUCUGAGUCGGAUCAUUUGGUGGAUUUAUUGUCCAUCAAAUUGGUGCUCUCGUUGAGAGUUCGAGAAUCAUACUCAGAGGAAACCCUCCACCAAGACGAUGGUGCAAACACGCAGCAACGCCAACGUUGGUACCGGAGCUCCCCACCAGGGAGAAAACAGCGCCACCGGAGGUCGGCACCCCCCCAUCACUACGGGGGAGGCAGAGGCCCUCAUCCAGAGGGUCGGAAUCACAGCUGAGCAAUUCAAGGAGGUGCUGGCGGCACUUACACCCAAUCGCGAGAUUGUGGUGGAGGACGUGGUUGGGGGACCCGCAGGCGGGAAGGCUGGACCUGCGGGCUCUCAAGGGAAAAAGAAGAAAGUAAGGCGGUCCCAGAAAAAGAAGGGGACCAAGCCUAAUGGGAAGGCUGUGAUGGAAGAUGCGCUCUCCAGAUUGGACGAAGAGUCGUCCUCCUUCAAACGAAUGUCUACUUUUGACCGUUUGGGAGAUCCCAAGUCAAAGAAACCCCGGACCUCUGCGUUCGAACAGUUGCGGGACACUCAGUCGGCCCGAAAGGGUGACUUGAGGGAUACGCUCAAGGAGAAAAGAGGGGAGUCCACAGCGACCUCCAAGACCGGUUUUGAGGAGCGACGGACGACGGUCGAGGACAAAGGUGCAGCCGAGCUGUGGAGAAUGUAUGAACAAUUGGAGAAGCGGAUGGACGCCCAAAAUCCCUACCGCCAGGCGGUCUUCAACGAGGUAACACCCUUCUCAAGAAGGAUAAUGUCUUGUCCCCUCCCGAACAAUUUCAAGACUCCCCAAAUCAAGGCGUACAACGGGACGACUGACCCCCAGGACCAUCUUGCUCGCUUCGGGGCGAACGUGGUCAUGUAUGCGUAUCCAGAAGAAAUCAAGUGUCGGUGUUUCCUGGCGACGCUGGAAGGGCAGGCUUGGUUGGAGGACCUGGAGUGCGUAAUCUCCCCCGUCCACCUGUGCCUGAAGUUCAACACCCCCACAGGGGUGGGGGUGGCAAAGGGGAACCAGAGCUUGUCACGGUCGUGCUACGUUAGGGCGACCAAAAGCCAAGCGCGGGUCGACGAGAAUGUGAGCACGAUCUGUGCUGCAAUUCAAAAGGAAGAGGGGCGACCUCGGGCUGAGCCAGCAGAAGAAGUCGAAGAAGUUUCUCUGGAUCCGACCAAGCCAGAGCGGAAGGUAAAGGUAGGUAGAACCUUACCACUCAGACUAAAGGGGCAGUUAUGGGAGGUCCUCCAAGUGUUCAAAGUGCUAUUCGCUUGGGGCCCAGAGGACAUGCCGGGGGUCGACCCGAAGAUAAUUUGCCACAGGUUGGCAGUGGACCCGGCCUACAGACCAGUCAAACAGAAGAAGCGUUUCCUGUCCUCGGAAAGGAGAGAAUUUGUCACCAAGCAAGUGACGACCCUGCAGUCCAUUGGACAUAUCCGGGAAGUCCGCUACCCGGAUUGGCUGGCAAAUGUAGAGUUUAAGCCACGACCGGCGAUAAAGGGGCAGGCGUUGGCAGAUUUCGUGGUAGGAUGCACAGCAAGAGAGGUGGAGUCUAGUGGAGAAGAACCCGAAGGGAGCUGGUGGACUGUGUACACUGAUGGUUCGUCCGCGACUGAUGCUUCCGGGGGAGGCGUCGUGGCGAUAUCACCGGAAGGGUUCAAAGCAUAUUACUCCGUGAGAUUCCGGUUUAAGGUCUCGAACAAUGAAGCUGAAUACGAGGCGCUGCUUUGCGGUUUGAGGUUGGCAGCUUCAUUAAAAGCUGAACGAAUUCAAGUCCGAUGCGAUUCCAAGCUAAUAGUAGGUCAUGUCACCGGAGAGUUUGAGGCCAAGGAUGAGCGAAUGAAGAAGUAUAGAGACACCGCCCUGGAGUUGCUCAAAGCGUUUGGAGCGUACCGGAUAGAGCAGGUCCCUCGAGAAGAGAAUGCUGAGGCGGACAUCUUGUCAAAGCUUGGCCCCGAUUCCCCAGAUCAUAUUAAGGCAAUGACCCAGGAAGAAGAAUUGCUCGAACCAAGCAUCAGUCUCGGACAAGUAUUGGUCAUCACACUCAAGGAGCCAGCGGAUUGGAUCGAUGAGAUUACCAUGUACCUCCUUGACGGGUCGCCACCUACCGACCCAAUCACAGCAAAAGUGGUAAAACGACGUGCACCCAGCUACACGCUGGAGUGCGGUCGGCUGUACAAGCGGUCGGCUGUACAAGCGGUCGUACAAUGGAAGGUAACACUGCAAGGAUACUUUUGGCCAACGAUUAUCAGAGAUUGUGCAGAAUACGUGCGGAGAUGCAAGGUUUGCCAGGAAUUCCAAAGGAUGCCGGGGCGACCGGCGACGAAUUAUACCCCGAUCAGCACAGCAAUUCCCUUUGCCCGGUGGGGUAUUGAUCUGGUUGGCAUUUUGCCUUGGGGGACAUGGAACAACACGUAUCUAGUGGUCGCGAUCGACUAUUUCACCAAGUGGGUCGAGGCCGCCCCCGUACCAACCAUCACUGAGGAACAGAUGAGGAAGUUUGUGUCCAAGCAAAUCUUGUGCCGAUUUGGGGUGCCCCAGCAGAUCAUCACCGACAAUGGAACCCAGUUCGAGGCCAGAGGGUUCAAUGAGUUUCUACAGAGCUGGGGCAUAAAGCACAGCUAUGCAGCGAUUGGGACCACCCCGAGGAAGGCUACAGGUGAAACUCCUUUCUCGCUCACAUAUGGAUUCGAAGCAAGGGCUCCAGCAGAGACCUCGUUGUUGAGUCAUAGAGUGGAGACGUUCGACGCCCAGGAGAAUGAAGAAAACUUGAGGGCAGAGCUGCACCUCAUUGAUGAACGAAGAGAGAGGGCGUACAUACGGGCAGAGAACUACCGCCGGCAGGUCAAGUCAUACCACGACCAACGUGUGCGACCAAGGCAGUUCAAGGUAGGCGACUGGGUCCUUAGGAAAAGGGAGGUCAGUCGGCCGACCGAUGGAGGGAAGUUUGCUAAGAGCUUCGAAGGGCCGUAUGUUAUAAAAAAAGUGUUGGCCGAUGGGACAUUUAGAUUGCAGACACCAUCCGGAGGCGACAUUCCGCGAGUAUGGAAUGCAGCCAACCUUAUUAAAUUUUACCAAUAGAUUGUACGCCAGCCAUAUUUCUCUCUUAAAGUUUAAUAAAACCAGCAUUCUGGCAUAUCUUGUUUUCAAUUCUAGAAAAAAAAGGAGCGACCAAAAGAGAUCGCAAAGCCUAAGCUGUACGGUGAUUCGUGCUAAGAUACCCAACAAGGGAUGAAGUGUCGAACCCUUUCUAGCGACCAAGAGUCAGGGGUGUCAAGUGAUGUGACUAACCAGAGGGCGACGCCGUGGCAAGAAAGCCUGAAAAACCGG